AUGGUGGAUAUGGAUGUGUUUAAUGGCUGGGAGAGAUCAAGAUUCGAAGAUGAAACCCUAAUGCCACCUGGGUUUAGAUUUCAUCCAACUGAUGAAGAGCUCAUCACUUACUAUCUUCUCAAGAAAGUCCUUGACUCCAGCUUCUCUUGUGCAGCCAUUUCUCAAGUUGAUCUUAACAAGUCUGAGCCUUGGGAACUCCCUGAGAAAGCGAAAAUGGGCGGGAAAGAGUGGUACUUCUUCACGUUAAGAGAUCGGAAAUACCCAACGGGACUGAGAACAAACAGAGCAACAGAAGCUGGUUACUGGAAAGCCACUGGUAAAGACAGAGAGAUCAAAAGCUCAAAGACAAAUUCACUUCUUGGUAUGAAGAAAACUCUUGUCUUUUACAAAGGUAGAGCUCCUAAAGGUGUAAAAAGCUGUUGGGUCAUGCAUGAGUAUCGCCUCGACGGCAAAUUCUCUUACCAUCACAUUUCUUGUUCCGCUAAGGAUGAAUGGGUUCUCUGUAAAGUUUGUUUGAAAAACGGCGUCGUUAGUAGAGGGACGAAACUGAUCUCUUCUUCUUCUGCUUCCGUCGCCGUCGCCGGAGAAUUCUCCUCCUCCUCGUCAUCCGCCGGAUCUGCAAUUGCUCCGAUCAUUGAUGUCUUUAAGACGGAGCACGUGUCCUGUUUCUCCAAUACCGCUACUGCUGCUGCGAGCUUUCCUACGUUCCUUCCCGCUCCACCACCGUCGUUUCCGCCACGUCAGGCUCGCCGUACCGGCGAUGACGUGGCGUUUGGUCAGUGUAUGGGUUUGGGAAGUUACGGAGAGGUUAGCUUCGAUGCAUCGUUCUUCCCGAAUCUUCCUUCUCUGCCACCGACUGUCCUUCCUUCUCCUCCUCAGUCAUUCGGACUGUACGGUGGCUCCGCCGUGAAUUGCUGGCCGUUUGCUCUCUGA